UGGUUAAAAGUCAUAUUGCCGAAAAGGUAGGAACCAAACAGUGCAUGGAACCAAGAAAUUGAUCUCAACUUCCGGUAAAAAUGUCAAAAUUGAUUGAGAGGGACAGUUUACCAUUUCUCGUAUUGUUAUAGAUAAGUCAGUUGAAGAAGUACAGACAUGUUUGGUUUAGCUGGACUAACAAAGAGUCAGAGACUUGUACUGGGGGUAAUUGUUCUAAUUAUCGUGGAUCUGAUAUGGGUUGCCUCAUCAGAGUUAACAAAGUACCUGUUUAAGGAUGAACACUUUGACAAGCCAUACUUCAGCACCUAUUUUAAAACAGCGAUGUUUACACUCUAUCUCAGUGGAUUUUUGUUUUGGCGUCCAUGGCGAAAUCAGUGUAGAAAAAAUGGGGUUUUGCAAUCUGGUGAAGGAGGUAGUUUAGAAUCAGAAGAAUUACUGACUGAGCCAAUCUAUGUGCCCUUGAGAUAUGAUGACAAGAACAAUAGUGGUUCAGAGCACGAUGACUUAAAUGAUUUACGAGACAGGUCUGUGCGGUUUAACAAUCUCAUGGAGGUCAGACAGCUUACAGAUACUUACGCUGAGGAGCAGGUGAUUGCCAGGCUGUCGUACCAAGCUGCCGUGAGGGCAGAGGAACUCCGACUUCGAGCCCUUAGUAAACUUACUAUAAAACAAGUUGCUAAAAUGGCAUUCAUGUUUUCUAUAUUAUGGUUUUUCGCUAAUUAUUCGUACCAGAUUGCCUUACAUGAUACAGAAGUUGGUGUUGUGAAUGUACUAUCAUCUACGUCCUCAUUAUUUACAUUGAUCUGUGCAGCUAUAUACCCUGGCUCCUCAGCUGAUCGAUUUAGUCUUUCAAAACUUGUUGCUGUUCUAGUCAGUAUAAGUGGUGUUGUGAUGGUGAGUGUCUCUGACCUGACAUUUGAGGACCAUAUACCAGCAGGUGCUCUCUGGGCACUGUCUAGUGCUAUUUUAUAUGCAGUAUAUCUGGUUGGUUUAAGGAGAAAAGUUGACCAUGAAGAUAAACUUGAUAUACCCUUGUUUUUUGGCUUUGUUGGUUUAUUUACAUCAAUUUUAUUAUGGCCGGGAUUCUUGAUACUCCACUAUAGCAAAAUAGAAACAUUCCAGUGGCCGAACGGCGAACAAGUAUUGUUUAUUGUGAUAAAUGGACUAGUUGGUACAGUCCUGUCAGAAUUCUUGUGGCUCUGGGGUUGUUUUCUGACGUCAUCACUUAUAGCAACCUCAGCACUAAGUCUAGUAACACCACUUUCUAUGAUAGCUGAUGUUGUGAUAAAAGGGGUUUCCUAUACUUGGUUGUUUUAUCUGGGGUCUGUUCCCGUGUUUGUAGCAUUUAUGGCAGUAAGCUGUUUGACACAUUUCGAGUCCUGGGAUCCAGUCCUGUUACUUGUGAAAAAAGUUUUGCAUUGUUUAUGCUCGAGAAGAGUUGUUCCAAUUUCUAGCCUGGUGGAUGGUGUUGGCCCAUGGAAAAGGAAAAUCAGAAUGAGGGACGUGGAUAAAGAACAAACAGAAAGCUUGAUAGGAGUGGACGCACCAGCAGAAUAAAUGAAAUCUAAGUGAUGAACUGAACAAAGGAAAAGAGUUUUUUAUUGUUAUCAGGAGGGACUAAACAAUGAUAAUUGAGUCGUGCCAUGAGAAAACCAACAUAGUGAGUGGCUUUGUGACCAGCAUGGAUCCAGACCAGCCUGCGCAUCCGCGCAGUCUGAUCAGAAUCCAUGCUGUUCGCUUUCAAAGUCCUAUAGUUAUUAGAGAAACUGUUAGCGGACAGCAUGGAUCCUGACUAGACUGCACGGAUGCGCAGGCUGGUCUGAUUCCAUGCUGGUCACAAAGCCACUAUGUUGGUUUUCUCAUGGCACGGCUUAUAUAGAAUACAUGCUGUAUGUUACCAGUGUAAGUGAUACGUACUGUGGAGAAUGUGGCUGUGGACUGCCUCCGCAUAAUACAGUCAAACUUUGUUUGCUCGAACUUGGCAGGACCGGCAAAAUUUGUUAUCGUAAAUUCGAGACGUCAUUAAGUGUACAUUAUGUAGGGAUUUUGCUGGGCCCUGCCGAUGAGUUGGAGCAAAGAGUGUUGUUUGAAUUGUCCGAGUUCAAGGGAACGAAUAUAAACUUUGGCUGCAGUGUGAUGAAUUGUGGGUACAUGUAUUUGUCCAAAAAUGUAAACAACACACACAUAUUCUAACAAUAACAGAAAAGCAAUGUAAUUACUUCAUUUAUACGCAAAAAAUUGUCUUAGAGUUUUAAUCUUUAUUCAGAAUUUCUUAAGUCGGUUAAAAAGCUGAAAAUGUUGAAUUGGUUGAAAUUUGAAAUAACAGUUUCAGUCGAUAGGAUAGUAUAAGCAGUCUAGAACAAAGUUCACAUGCAGUAAAUCAAGGAAUGCCUGUUUCCAAUUAAAUCAGAGAAUUAGGUUUCCUUUUCCCACCAAACAAAUAAAAUAUUCGAAUCGAUAAAGUUUGUUCAUGAUUAAAGAUUGUUUUUAGUAAUGUUCAAAGACUUCAGUAAGCGAAGAUAAAACUUACUGUCAAAGACUUCAAUAAGGUUACUGCAAAGAUAAAACUUACUGUCAAAGACUUCAAUAAAGUUAUUGCGUAGACUGAAACUUACUGCAAAGACUUAAAUAAAGUUAUUGCAAAGACUGAAACUUACAUGAAAGACCUAAAGCUACCACAGAGACUUCAGUCAAUUGAAAUAUGCAUUUGAAAUGAAAUGAAGAACAGGCUGAUGAAACUUCCUGUUUGCAUUUGCUCUUAGUGGCAAAAUGAUGAAGGUUUGUUACUGUAGGGACUGUUUAAAGAAUUGUUUCACUUAAGACAUGUCUGAUGGCUGCGUUAUGAAGAACGAAUAAUGCCUAACUGCCAGAACUACAUCUGGUAUUUGUUACAAAGACUGUCACAAACGGUACAACUACUAACACAGCUAAUCAUUGAAGGUACAAACAUUUCAAAGUUAAAAAUUCAAAACACUCUUUGUUGCAGAAAAUAUUUUUUGCUAAACUCAGCCUAAAAUUUAGCAUGGGUGCCAUCGAAAUAUGCAUUUUCAAACCAUGUAUCCCCUCCACACUGGUAACUGGGUUAUAAGCUUUAAUGAAUGGAUAACCAAAUGUUUUUAGUGUUUGAGUGUAAGGAUUUGUGUUGUGUUAACUUCUUGAUACCUCUACCACACGGAUACAGAUAAUGUUACUAGAUCUGUAAUGUAGUUUGACCUCUGUGCUUAAAAAAUUCAAGGAAAAUGAAAAAUUUUGUUAUUUUCCAUUGUGAAACUGGGUCUUUAUAAUUUUAUAAUGUCCAUUAUUUUAGUUAUUACAUUCCAUAUACAGAAGUUGCAAGGCUGCAUUUUUGACAGCUUCCCAGUAAUUGGUUAAGUGUUAACAAACUGUCACCUUUUUAACCCUGUAUAAUCUGUUCACUGAAGUUAUCCUUUCUUUGCCUUACUGUUCAGCUACAAUUUUGCCUAGACCAAUUUAAAUGAGCCACACCAUGAGAAAACCAACAUAGUGCAUUUGCGACCAGCAUGGAUCCAGAUCAGCCUGCUCAUCCGGGCAGUCUGACCAGGAUCUGUACUGUUCACUAACAGUUUCUCUAAUUGCAACAGGGUUCAAAAGCAAACAGGAUGGAUCCUGACCAGACUGCACGGAUGCACAGGCUGGUCUGGAUCCAUGCUGGUCGCAAAUGCAUUAUGUUGGUUUUCUCAUGGUGUGGCUCAAAUAUCUUUUCAAAGAUAAAUGGUAAUAGUGUUCUAGGUUAUAACAUUUCAAUUCAUUUCCUUGAAAAAAAAAAAAAAGACAAAAGUCAAAUUGUUGUAAGCAAAUUUUACCUACUUUAACCACACACAGUUUCAAAUUUGUCUUUUGAUUCAGAUUGUUGAAAUAUCCUGACAUCUAUUAACAUAUGGACAUGUGAAACCAGAUAUUGUAUUGAAAUCAAAAGAAACACUCCACAAUCAGCAUUUUAAAGCUUGGGAUAGGUUAGGAGAGUGGAGGAUGUCAAAACUUUAUAAAAAUCAGUAAAAUAUAUGUUUCUUAUAGUGAUCUGACUCUACAUUUCUUAUUACAUGACGUCCUGUAUAAAUCUGUGGUUUAUAAUUUGUGCCAUUGACCAGUCAAUAGUUCAGCAUAGGUUUUCAAAGCUGGAAUGAAAAAUAGAGAAAAAACUUUGAAAGUUAUUUCUUAUGAAAUUUAAUAAAACACUUUCUGUAUGGCUUCCUGGUCAAUAGUCAAAGCUAUUAGAGCUUGAUGCAUCAGACCUCCUGCAGUUUGUUUUGACUAUUGACUGGCAAGCCAUACAUGUAUAAUAAGUGUAUAGUAGGUAAUAUGUGUUCUUACUGUUAAAAAAUCUUAACUACAGUGUUUAUUAUGCAGUGUAAAUAUUGAAUCAUGAUUUAAGAAAAUUAUGCAAGUUUCGACUAUAGCAAAAGUGUAAUAAUUAUUUUGGAUAUUCAUUUGUAUAAGACCUAUAUUGCUUUUGUAACAAAAGUUGCAGCACAAUAUCAUGUCAUGCACAGUUUUGCUGAUUUGUUUUUAAAGAGGCUUGCACUUUGGUUCACUUACAAAUACUGGUAUUGUUCACAGAAAGUGUCAGGUGAGAUUUUCAUUGAUUGUGUAGUCAUUUUCAAUGAAUAAUAAGAAAUUGACACUGCAGGUGUCCACACUUUGUUUAAUAUGGAUAAAGCUUACUCUAAACUAAGAUGCAGAUAGCUGAUAAAGUGUACCCAUUUUAUUGCAAUAUUUAAACAUGCUUUAUGGGGUGGUCUCAAAAUGAUAGUUUAAAGGCUAUAAAUGCUGUAUUUACAAAGGUUUUAGAAAUUAAUGAAAUUUUGUGAGGCUAUAAAUGCUAUAUUUACAGAGGUUUUAGCAAUUAAUGAAAUUUUGUGAGGCUAUAAAUGCUAUAUUUGAAGAGGUUUUAGCAAUUAAUGCAAUUUUGUGAGGCUAUAAAUGCUAUAUUUACAGAGGUUUUAGCAAUUAAUGCAGUUUUGUGAGGCUAUAAAUGCUAUAAUUGAAGAGGUUUUAGCAAUUAAUGAAAUUUUGUGAGGCUAUAAAUGCUAUAUUUGAAGAGGUUUUAGCAAUUCAUGAAAUUUUGUGCUUCUAUUUAUUACACUGGGUAUAUAGAAAAUUAGUUUAAUCAUUGGAGCUAAAUAACUUCUUAUAUUAACAUAAUUUAUUAUUUGUCAGGGGAGAUGAAUUUUGUUUUUAUGUCACUGGUGUCCAAGACCGAGGAGACAUAUAGUGUUUUUAUUGUUUGUACCUCCAUUCCUGUGUCCGUCUGUCUGUCCUUCUGACACUUAUUAUGCCCCCCUUUGAAAAAGGAGGGGUAUAUUGUUUUGCAGAUGUCGGUCGGUAGGUCGGUCGGUCAUUCGGUCUGUCGGUCAGUCGGUCAGAAUGUAGACCUAUCCGUUUCCGGAUGAUAACUCGAGAACGCUUGGGCCUAGGAUCAUGAAAGUUGAUAGGGAAGUUGGUCACCACCAGUAGAUGACCCCUAUUGAUUUUGAGGUCAGUAUGUUAAAGGUCAAGGUCGCAGUGACCCUGAACAGUAAAACGGUUUCCGGAUGAUAACUCAAGAACACUUGGGCCUAGGAUCAUGAAAGUUGAUAGGGACGUUGGUCAUGACCAGCAGAUGACCCCUAUUGAUUUUGAGGUCUGUAUGUCAAAGGUCAAGGUCACAGUGACCAUGAAUAGUGAAACGGUUUCCGGAUGAUAACUCAAGAACACUUGGGCCUAGGAUCAUGAAAGUUGAUAGGCAGGUUGGUAAUGACCAGCAGAUGACCCCUAUUGAUUUUGAGGUCAGUAUGUUAAAGGUCAAGGUCACAGUGACCCUGAACAGUAAAACGGUUUCCGGAUGAUAACUCAAGAACACUUGGGCCUAGGAUCAUGAAAAUUGAUAGGGAGGUUGGUAAUGACCAGCAGAUGACCCCUAUUGAUUUUGAGAUCAGUAUGUUAAAGGUCAAGGUCACAGUGACCCUGAACAGUAAAACAGUUUCCCGAUGAUAACUCAAGAACGCUUAGGCCUAGGGUCACGAAAGUUGAUAGGGAGGUUGAUCAUGACCAGCAAGUGACCCCUAUUGAUUUUGAGAUCAGUAUGUCAAAGGUCAAGGUCACAGUGACCAGGAACAGUAAAAUGGUUUCCAGGCAAUAACUCGAGAACGCUUUGGCUUAGUGUCAGGAAAAUUGAUAGUUAGGUUGGCCAUGACCAGCAGAUGACCCCUAUUGAUUUUGAGGUCAUUAGGUCAAAGGUCAAGGUCACAUUGGCCAGGAACAGUUAAAUGGUUUCUGAUCAUCUUGUCCAAAACCAUAGGGCCUAGGGCUUUGAUAUUUGGUAUGUAGCAAAAUCUAGUGGUCCUCUACCAAGAUUGUUCAGAUUAUUUCCCUGGGGUCAAAUAUGGCCACACCCCCUAGGGUCACAUUGUUUAUAUAGACUUAUAUAGGAAAAAACUUUGAAAAACCUCUUGUCCAAAACCACAGGGCCUAGGGCUUUGAUAUUUUGUAUAUGACAUCAUCUAGUGAUCCUCUACUAAGAUUAUUCAAAUUAUUCCCCUAGGGUCAAAUAUGGCUCCGCCCUGGGGGUCACAUGGUUUACAUUUACUUAUAUAGGGAAAAACGUUGAAAAUCUUCUUGUCUAAAAACCGCAAAGUCUAUGGCUUUGGUAUUUUGUAAUGUAGCAUCAUUUAGUGGUUCUCUACCAAGUUUGUUCAAGUUAUCCCUCUCGGGUCAAAUAUGGCCCUGCCUCAGAGGUCAAAUUGUUCAUAUAGACUUAUAUAGGGAAAAACUUAGAAUCUUCAUGUCCAUAACUUACAUCAUUCAAAUUUGGACCACAUGUAUAGUUUUGAGUGGCAAGAUGAACCUUGACAUGAGUUGACCUUGAUCUUGACCUAGUGACCUACUUUCACAUUUCUGUACCUACAGCCUUCAAAUUUGGACCACAUGCAUAGGUUUGUGUACUGAAAAAAACUUUGACCUUGUUAUUGACCUAGAGACCUACUUUCACAUUUUUGAAGGUACAGGUUUCAAAUUUGGACCACAUGCAUAGUUUUUUGUUCCAAAAAUACAAUUUGACCUUGAUUUUGACCUAGUGACCUAGUUUCACAUUUCUCAAGCUACAGCCUUCAAAUUUGAACCACAAGUAUACUUUUGUGUACUGAAAUGAACUUUGAUCUUGAGAUUGACCUAGUGACCCACUUUCACAUUUCUGAAGGUACAGGCUUCAAAUUUGGACCACUUGCAUAGUUUUGUGUUCCGAAAUAAAAUUUGACCUUGAUUUUGACCUAGUGACCUACUUUCACAUUUCUCAAGCUACAGCCUUCAAAUUUGAACCACAUGCGUAGUUUUGUGUACCGAAAUGAACUUUGAUCUUAAGAUUGACCUAGUGACCUACUUUCACAUUUUUGAAGGUACAGGCUUCAAAUUUGGACUGCAUGCAUAUUUUUGUGUUCUGAAUUGAAAUUUUACAUUGAUUUUUAUCUAUUACCUACUUUCACAUUUCUCAAGCUACAGCCUCCAAAUUUGAAGCACAUGCAUAGUUCUGUUUACCGAAAUGAACUUUACCUUGAAAUUGAUCUAGUGACCUGCUUUCACAUUUCUCAAGCCACCGCUUUCAAAUUUGGACCACAUAUACAUUGUUUUGUACCUAAAUGAAAUUUGACCUUGAUUUUGACUUUGAGCUAGUCUUGAAAUUUGGAACAUUCAAAAAUGGCUCUGUGGAUGGCGCCAAGAUCAAUCUGUAAUCUCUUGUUAGGUUAAUAGGUUAAAUGUCAAGGUCAGAUUAAACCAGAAUGGUAGAACUUUUGUUUACAGUGAGCAUAUAAUUUCUGUUCCUUGUGCAAUUACUAAAUGCAUCAAGGGGGGCAUUUCGUGUUUGACGAGCUCUUGUUUAUAUAUGUGUACUCAACUCUUACAGAUUCUGUUCAACUGAAACGGAACUGGAUAAUAAUUAUGAAUCAUCAAUUAUACAAUAUGAAGCGCACAUGUUCCUGUUGUUAGAACUUUUAUUUCAGACAUAAAAAACUGAAAGUUUGCCUUUUUGGACUUCAUAAUUUGAUUAUAUCAAGUAUUUUCAGGUGGCAUGUGUCGUACAGUGUUGACGUCAUUCAUAUUUAUUUGAGUUAUGCUCUUUUAAAACUUUUUUUAUAUUAUUCCAUGAAGCAUUUUCAGGGGCUAUUACAUCAUACAAUGUUGACAUUAUUCUUUUAUUUAAUUAUGAAGACUUAUGUUAUGGAAUUGUACUGUUAUUUUGUUAGACAAUGUGUAUUGUUAGUUAGUUAAUAUUUUAGUCCUUCUACUAGAUAUUAUAUUAAUGUAUAUAUACUGAAUUAACCUAAACAUUGUUAAAAGAGUGAUAUAUAAUGAUAAUUUUGAUAUUUCACAAUGUCUAUGAAUCAUGUUAGCAUUUGCUUUUAGUUUUGAUAUAUUUAAUAAUAUUAUUUUUGUAAUCAUAAAGAAAAAACUACAUUUUUGUUACGUGAAGAAAGUACAUUGUACUACUGGUCUUUGAAAUAUCUGAUGUGUGUAUUUUGCCAUCACAGAAUGAUUUUUUUGAUGAGAUUGAAAACAAAUUCCACUCAACUGAAGAAUGCUUUCACAUACGGUUGUCAAACUUAAUAUGAUGAUUGCCUGCGGUUACUAGACGACCCCUCGUCUUUCAAGGGUCACUAAACUACUUAAUCAAAUAUUUUAGAAUGCUACACACGUCUUUGGCAUUAUAUGAUUGCCUCACGUGGCAGGUUUGAUAACUCUGGCUCACAUUUUUACAAAAUAAUACACUUUUUUUUCACUUAAAAUUUUGUAGAAAGUUUUUUAUGUAAGCAGGAACCAUGUUAAUAAAUGCAUUCAGACCCUUCAUAGGUCUUUAACACCAUGAAUUGACCGUUCUGAGCCGGGUUUCAUUUCUUCAAUUUACACUUUACAACUUUUUGCCCCAUUUUCAACUGAGAAAAUUUUGCUACAGCUUCCAAUAGUCAAGUGCACAGUAAUUAGAUAGACAGCUUUUGUUAUACGUAUAGUCUAGAUAGCCCCAUUCAUGAUUUUAGUACACCUUUGUCUGCAUGUAAGAACAUUAACUUUACAUUCUGUUUCAUUAAAAAAGCCGUCCUUAACAAAAAUAUUAAAUGAGCCGUGCCAUGGGAAAACCAACAUAGUGGCUUUCCGACCAGCAUGGAUCCAGACCAGUCUGCGCAUCUGCGCAGUCUGGUCAGGAACCAUGCUGUUCGCUAAUGGUUUCUCUAAUUGCUAUAGGCUUUGAAAGCGAAUAGCAUGGAUCCUGACAGGACUGCGCGGAUGCGCAGGCUGGUCUGGAUCCAUGCUGGUCGCAAAGCCACUAUGUUGGUUUUCUCAUGGCGCGGCUCAAAUACAUCGAGAGGCGCAAAUUGUUUCUUUUAAAUCAUCUUUGUAGUUUACCUUUCUGUAUUCUGUAAUAUUUUAGUAAUUUGUCUAAAAAUGAAAUGCAUUUAGGUCUGGGUUGAUGUGCAAAAGAUGUGUUUACAGAUGUUAUGUGUAUGGGUAUACAAGUGAUAUUUUAUGAAUGUUAAAUGGUUUAAAUGUUUAAGAACAUCGCAAAAUUAAAUGACUGAAAGUCA